CUGCUGGGGGAACUGCAGACACCGUCCAGCAGCAGUAGGGAGGACGUGGUCCUGAGCUUCUGUCCCGUUUCACGUUGUGAUCCAGAAAAUGGCAGCGCGGGAGCAAUUCUUUGCAGGGAUUCCCAAAAUCCAGUAUGUGCCAGGAGCUGGGCCCACAGAUGUCAUGUGCUUCAAACACUACAAUGCAGAAGAGAUUCUGAUGGGACGGACGAUGGAGGACUGGCUGAGGUUCUCCGUCUGCUACUGGCACUCCUUCUGUGGCACCGGUGCGGACCCAUUUGGCUUCCCCACUCUGCACCGGCGCUGGAAUGAAGGAGCCCCAAUGGAAUCGGCUAAGAAGCGACUCUAUGCAGCUUUUGAGUUUUUCACCAAGCUUGGCGUGAAGUAUUACACUUUCCACGACAGAGACAUGUCUCCAGAGGGGGCCACGCUGGAGGAGACCAACAGGAACCUGGAUGAAAUGACAGACUUGGCUCUGCAGCUGCAGAACGAGACGGGAGUCAAGGUGCUGUGGGUCACCUGCAACCUCUUCGCCCACCCAAGGUACAUGAAUGGUGCAGCCACCAACCCAGACUGCCACGUUCUGGCCUAUGCCGGCGCUCAGCUGAAGAAGGGUCUGGAUAUCGCCAAGAAACUCGGGGCUGAAAACUUCGUGUUCUGGGGAGGACGAGAAGGUUUCCUCUCCAUCCUCAACACGGACGUAGCAGCAGAACUGAAGCACAUGGCCACCUUUUUCAGAAUGGCCGUCAAGUAUAAAGAGAAGAUUGGGUUGAAGUGUCAGUUCCUCAUUGAGCCCAAACCAAAGGAGCCCUGUAAACAUCAGUACGAUUAUGAUGCAAUGAGUGUGAUAGGAUUCCUGAAGCAUUAUGGUCUGGAGAACCACUUCAAGCUGAACAUUGAGCCCAACCACACCACUCUGGCAGGACACUCCUACGAGCAUGACGUGGUCGUGGCGUCAGCUCUGGGCAUGCUGGGCUCGGUAGACUCCAACACCGGCUCUCCUGACCUGGGCUGGGACACGGAUCAGUUCCCCAUGGAUGUCAGGAACACCACCCUGGUCAUGAAGGUAAUUAUUGAACAAGGCGGCCUGCAGCCUGGGGGCCUCAACUUUGAUGCCAAGGUGCGGAGAGAGUCCACCGAACUGGAGGACCUGUUCAUCGCUCACAUCGGAGCCAUGGACGCCUUUGCCCGGGGGCUCCGAAAUGCAGUCCGCAUGAUUGAGGAGGGGGUCAUCUCUGGCAUGGUGAAGGAGCGAUACUCGAGCUUCAGUCACGGCCUCGGUCAGAAGGUGGAAGACGGUUCUGCCACCUUAGAGGACAUGGAGGCUUUCAUCAAGCAGAACGGUGAGCCGAGAGUAACUUCAGGAAAGCAAGAAAAAUACGAAUCUAUCUUUAAUCACUACAUAUAACCAACACAUUAGGUCUGUAUCAGGAUCAGACUUCAGGCCUCCAUGUAGCAGAUCACACUGAGAAAAAUCGAAGAUUAUUGUAUUCCUGUUGGGUUCAAUACAUGUAACAUAAAAGUGUAAACUGAUACACUCGUAAGAUGAAGAAACCUGUGCUAGUAUCCAUUUGUACUGUUGCUAACAUUUACAUAUGUGUGUUAUCUGAUGAACAGAAAUUAUGUGUACUCACAGUGUUUACGUUAGUCUACAGAUCUCAGUGUCUGAGCAAUUAAAUCUGAUUAAUACACAGCUGGACUGUUUGUGUUUCUUAAGUAAAUAUUCUGUUUGCACCUUUUCAGUAUUUACUUGUACAAAUAUGAGGAAACAACUAUUUACAAAGCCGCAUGGUGGAGCAGUGGUUACUGCUCUUGCUUAGUGGGAAGGUCUGAUUUCAAAUACCUGCUGGGCCUUUCUGUGAGCACUUGCAUGUUCUCCCUGUAUGUGCAUGUAUUUACUCUGGUUUCCCUCCACAGACUAUAAAUGUACCUGACUUUAAUUGGAGAUGUUUUUUCUUUUCUUCAUAUUCAUAUAUUGACAUUAG